AUGGAACAAAUGCCCACAUAUGCUAAAUUUAUGAAGGAUUUGUUGACCAAGAAGAGAAGGAUUCCUGAAGAGAAAACUGUGGAGCUUGAAGCAGGAUACAAUGCUAUUAUACAAAAGUCUCUACCCCAGAAAUCCAGAGAUCCGGGCAGUUUCACUCUUCCAGUGACUAUUGAAAACUUAUCAGUGGGAAAGACACUUCUAGAUCUUGGUGCUAGUAACAAUUUGAUACCUUUAUCUAUGCUCAAGAAAAUUAGAGAUGUGGAGGUACGCCCUACAAGGAUGACCUUGCAGCUAGCAGACAGAUCAAUGAAGCUUCCACAUGGCAUAGUUGAAGAUAUGAUAGUAAAGGUGGACAAAUUCAUGUUUUCAGUGGAUUUUGUAGUAAUGGAUAUAGAAGAGGAUGCAGAGGUUCCUUUGAUUUUAGGUAGACCAUUCAUGAAGACAGCCCGAGUUAUCAUUGACAUGGAUGACGGAAAGCUAAAGGUGUGA